AUGCGAGGCUUCUCUUCAUAUCUCCCUCUAUGGGUUACCCUUCUUGCUACUCUUUGCCAAUGCUACGUCGCUCAUCCUCCAUUGUCGUCGCUCUCAGAUACAUCAUCCACUAGUAUCAUCAAAGCCAACACCAAAACACUCUGGCAAGCACCCACAACCCCAACAUGGAUUGAGAACCUCGCCAUCCGCUCUUCAACCAGAACCAUAAUCUUCAGCCUCAUCACGACGCCAGAGAUAUACCAGCUCGACGAAGAACAAAACGCGAGCCUGCUUUUCCAAUUCCCCAAUGUUACUUCUGCGCUGGGGAUUGUAGAGAUUGCGCGAGAUGUGUUUGCGGUUGUGGUUGGGAAUUUCAGUACGGCGACUGCAUCGGGGACUCUGGGGACGUAUUCAUUGUGGAAAGUGGAAUUAUUCGAUGACGACGACGAGACAAGUGAGGAUCGUGUUGUUGCUUCAAAGAUUACAGAUAUACCCGAAGCAUCUUUUCUCAACGGCAUAACACUACUUCAUCCCAUAAAAGAAGGAAAAGACAAGCUCGCCACAGUGCUCAUUUCCGAUUCCACGCUCGGAGCCGUAUUCAAAGUCAACACCAAUUGCGGCACAUACGAACAAGUCUUUGAUGGGGUUUCAGAAAUGCUGCCACCAAAAAAUGCAUCUAUCCCAAUCGGCAUCAAUGGACUAGCCGUGCACAAAGGUUCGCUGUACUGGACCAACACGGAACGCGAAGCAAUCUUUUCUAUACCCAUUGACCCGCUCACCGGAUUCGCACGACCAAAUGCCACUGUGCGGACUGUUGCGAGUAAGAUUGGGAUAGCUGUUGAUGAUUUCGCCUUUGAUGGCGACGAUAACUUGUGGACUGCUGGUGGGAAUACGGUGGCUAUGCUGCCGGCAGCGGGGGAUGCGUCCAAGACUGGUAUUAAGCCGGUGAUUGUUGUAGGCAGUGAGUCGUCUUUAACCGUCGCCGGGAGCACGUCGGUUAGGUUUGCUGAUGCGUCGUUGUUGUAUGUUACGACGGAUGGAGGUAUGGCAGCACCUGUUAAUGGGAGUGUCGUUGAGGCAGGGAAGAUUGUCGCUGUGGAUUUAGCUUCGUCGUUUUAG